AUGUUAAAAUUUCUACCAAAAGCACUUUCUUUUCAAAACCCUCCUUUCAGCCCUGCAGGCCGUAGAGACAAUGUUAAUGCAAACAACCAUAAAUCCAACUACAACCGAGGUUUUUCCGGUCCGAUUAUAUCCAUUAUUCCGGCAGAAGCACGAGGAAGAAAAUCAUCAAAGAACUCCAACUUCGAUGAACCAACUUCACCAAAAGUUUCAUGCAUGGGCCAAAUCAAGCACAGGAAAAACAAGAUCAGCAAAAAGAAACAAGUUUCACGGCCUGAAACCAACUCCGCCGUAUCACCGCCGAAGAAGAAACCGUCAGCCGCUAUUCGGAAUAUUUUUAGCAGUAAAAAGCCGGCCGCAGGAAGAAAAUCCGAUGGUUCAUCUGAUGAUGACGAGCAUAGGGUUCCUGAUCAUGUAACAGCACCUAGUUUGAAUCAGAUGAAAAAAUUUGCGAGUAGUCGGGAUACGUUUGCGAAUUUUGAUUGGACAACUGCACAGAUUGCACCAGAGAACAGGGGAUUCUAUUCAGAUGAAGAGGGAGAAGAUGAAAUUAUUAUUCCUUUCUCUGCACCAAUAUUGCGAGGUGGAGGCGGAGGAGGUGCCAGUGGCAGUAACAGUGGCGGUGCAGGUGGUGGUGGUGGUGGAGUGGCUUUGGAGCCAAGGAAAGAAAUUAAUAUAUGGAAGAGAAGAACCAUGGCACAACCUCAGCCUCUCCAAUUAAACACGUACGAUUAG